AUGGCAUACACAAACCCCAACCCCCUAAACGUCUUCUCCGGCCCGGACUCGCUGUCUCAUUACUUCGACCCCGAGCAAAACCCGCCGUUGCCACUGGUCGAGUUACCUGCCGCGUUGAACCCCUUCCGCAAGGAUGGCGUGAGGAUUUAUGCAAAGAUGUUGACGGCGCUGCCGGCGCAGAAUGUCAAGUCUCUUCCUGGGAGCACGGUGCUCAGCAUGGGGGUUAUUGGGCGGGCGUUGUGGGGUCAUGAGGGGGUUGAGGCUUGGGUGACGAAUAAGAAGACGAGGGAGAGCUUGAGGGUUUUGAGGUUCUUUGGGGUGGGGAUAUCGUUGUAUGGAGGGUUGGCACAACAGGAGCCGUCAGACCCCAAAGGAAUCAUGGCGAGAUUGAGGAGGAAGGCGAGGGAGGAGGAGGAGGUGUGUUAUUUGGGGCAGUAUGAUAAUGAUGCUAACUGGCAAUCGCACUACAACCACACCGCCCCUCAGCUUGCGCUGCAACUCCACUCUUUGUCGGUGCUCUGCUCUACUAUUGGGACAGGGGGUUGCAUCACCGGCACAGGGCGAUAUCUCAAAUCUCAUUUGUCGUCUGAUAUCAAAGUUGUUGGUGUUUGCAACGUCUUUGGAGAUCCAACACCAGGGCCGAGACAUUUCCCUGGGUUUGAGUCAAGCCCGUUUCCGUGGAGGGAGACGAUUGACGAGUUUGUUAGUGUCAAGUCGGAAGAUUCCUUCAGGAUGAGUAUGAGGCUGAGUAGAUACGGGAUUAUCUGCGGGCCGUCAUCAGGGGAGGCACUUCAUGGACUGCUGGAGUGGCUGAGAGAAAAUGGUACCGACGGACUGAAGAGGGAUGAAAAUGGGGAGGUGAACUGUGUGUUUUUGUGUGCGGAUUUGCCGUAUCAGUAUAUGGAGUUGUAUUAUCAGAAGCUAGGGGAGGAGGAGUUUCCGGGGAUCAGAAAUCAGGUAUGUAGCACCCAGAAAAGGGAAGAGGAAUGGUUCCUUGCGCCAGAGAAGACAGUCGACAUGUUGGUUGGGGAGGGUGGUGAGAAGUAUGAUGGGGAGGUGCUAUGCAUGGUGCCCUCUUCUUGCGCCUGCACAACGACGCGAACAUCAAGAACAUACAGGCAGCAACAGCAACCAAUUGAGGGGAUAUUCGGGGACUGUUCACCAGGUGCGGUAUCCUAUGUCUCGGAGUCUGCCUCGACGAUAUUCUCGACGGCAUCACCAUCAUCAUCGGUGUACAGUGUCGCUACCACGACCAGUGUUGAGUCACAGUAUUCUUCGAUGGGGAAGGUCAUCGAUGUAAGACCGAGAGCGGAGUUUGUCAAAUCCCAUCUGAGAAAUGCGGUGAAUAUUCCAUUAUCAGUGACAAAGGAUGACUUUUAUGGGGAUCCGCAGGCUGUUUGUGAGAGGUGGAAGGAAAUGAAUGCCGCGUUCAAAGAGACUGGUGUGUUGAAUCACCAAGAGGAAGAUGAUGACAGACAAACACUUGUCGUUUGUUUGGAUGGGGACUCUGGAAAGAUGGCGGCUUCUAUGCUCAGAGGGGCCAGCAAGAAGGUUGGCAAGAAGAGAGAAGUCUUUUGUGUAGAUGGGGGGUGGGGAGUGUUGGAAGCGUGGCUAAGAAGGAGGGGCUAUGGUGAUGAUGUCUGGGAUGGGGUAGAUUAG